AUAUUGCGAUAGGGCCGUUGUCUUGCCCUUCUCCGCUCCAGUCUUUGUCGAUGAUGAAUCGGCGGCUUUCAUAACAACCUCCAUAACCAGCAAACAAGCAAUGGCAUCGCGAGACGACUAUAUCGUCGGAUGGGUCUGUGCCCUGCCCUUGGUAGCAACUGCUGCCGAGGCGAUGCUAGACUCCGUUCAUCCUGAUGGGCCCUCAGACCUGGAUAUAGCUGGCGAUAUCAAGUUUGUCUUUGGUAGACUCAAUGGCUACGACGUCGUGCUCGCAUAUCCAUCCUCUGGGAAUCAAGGAACCGGCUCGGCUGUGGAAACUGCUGAGCAGGUCCGUGUGGCCUUCAGGUCUAUCAGAUUUAUUCUACUGAUUGGAUUAGGCGGAGGCGUUCCGCACCCGAAGGUGGACAUUUCCCUUGGGGAUGUAGUUGUGGGAAGACCAGGGCCAGGUCGCUCUGGUCUGGUGCCGUACGAGGGGGGCAAGGUGCACUGGAACGACGAUGAGGCGGGUAAUGGCCGCUCUGAUGGCUUGUUUGAAAAGCCAUCCUCCACUCUGUUGACCGCGACGCGGAAAGUAGAGAUGAACUCGAUUCUUGGCAACAGUCACAUGCGGACGUACAUGAACACCAUCAUGAACAAACAUCCUACAACAUUCGCCCCGCCCGGGCUGGAGAGGAACGGUACGGUCGGUGGACAAGGCGAGCAUGGGGACGCAAAGAGCUUUGACGGCAGAGGUGAACGGAACGGGUGCCGUACUUGCACUUGUCAAGCAAGCGCAGACCGGUUGCCCAAGGUCCAUUACGGGCUUAUUGCAUCCAGUCGUCAUCCAUUGAGAGGCUGCGAGACUCGGGACAUCCUGGCGGCGGACUACGGCAUUCUCUGCUUCGAGACCGAAGCGUUUGGUCUGCCCGACAGCGGCCGGAUCCAAGUCAUCAGAGGAAUAUGCGGUUAUUCCGAUUCGUUCCUUACUAGCGAAUGGCAAGGCUAUGCUGCCGCUGCGGCGGCGGCGUACGCCAGAGAGCUCUUAAUGUCGAUGCCUGCCGCCGUAAAGCCCGUGGCGCAGGAGAUGGAGACCCGAGCAGCAGCAUCCACCGUGCUUGAUGCUCUACUAUUGACCAGGCCCGAGGUGGACCGCAGUUCUUUGAUUGCCCUGAAAGGACGGAGAGCUGAUGGCACAUGCGAGUGGCUCACACGACACGCAAACUACCAACGAUGGGCCGCUGGCGACAGCCCGCCUCUGCUCUGGGUCUCAGGCGGUCCAGGAAAGGGGAAGACAAUGCUGGCCAUCUACGUAACCGAGCUGCUGCAACCAGAACAAGAUUCGACCGGGGGGAUCCUUCUUUACUAUUUCUGCAGUAACCGUGACAAGAACCGGAACUCAGCGGUUACCAUCAUGAGAGGAAUCAUACACCAGUGGAUCACCGCCGAGCCUCAUCUGGCGCAGCACGUCAAGAGCUAUUUCGACGGCUCUGAAACCAUAAAAUACACAAUAUCCAAUUUUGUGACCCUAUGGAGGGUGUUUAUCUCCCUGCUUCGCGAGACCGUAUCAAGCACCAUCGUCUGUGUGCUAGACGGCCUGGAUGAGUGUGAAAGGGGGUCGCUCCAACAGCUCCUGGAUGCUUUGGGGAACUAUCUAUCUCAAAAUGUGAGAAAUACAAGGUCAAAUCUAAGACUCAUUCUUCUCUCGCGCUCCCAGCCAGCACUACUCGAGAGCAAACUCGGCCAUUACCCCCGAGUCAGGUUGGACGAAUCAGACACGGAGGUAGCCAAGGACGUCGAGAGAUACAUCGCAUCCAAGGUUUCAGAGCUCGCCUCGGAUCAAACUCUGUCAGAGGACCAACUAUCACAAGUGCGGCAGGCCUUGGUGGCCGGCGCCGAUGGCACCUUUCUCUGGGUCGGUUUCGUCGCGGAUGAGCUCAAGGGGCGGAGUUGGCAAAAAAUCCAGGAUAUUCUCCACCGAUUGCCCAAAGGCCUAGGCGGCGUUUACCAGCGGCUGCUGCAGCAGGUUGAGGACAAGGAACAGCUAAUUCCCAUCCUGCAAUGGCUUGUGCUUGCUGCAAGGCCGCUGACAAUCGACGAGUUGUGUGUGGCAGCCAAGAUUGCUCCGUCUGUCGACCGUACCGCGGCCGAGGCCACACGAGAUCGGCUUAACUCCUGCGGGCUUCUGGUCAAGGUCGAUGGGGACGUAGCCAACCUCGUGCACGAGUCCGCCAAAGAGUUUUUCCAGGGCGAUCAGGUUGAUGAUCUGGAAGGAAUCAGCAUGUUCCGCAUGGGUCCGACCACCCACCGCACACUCAUGGACGCCUGUCUGUCGCUUAUCGAGAACAGCCAUGUCUCCUCAGGGAGCAUCAGCGAGCAGUCCCUCACCAAGCCCCUCCUGACCUAUGCCUGUCUUUUCUGGCCUUACCACUUGCAGCGCGCACACGAACUGGUCGGUGACCGUUCCAUGUUCACGCGUUCAUUCUUCAAGCCUGAGGCUCCGAUCAGGGAGGACUGGUGGAAGUUCUACUGGGACAGGGAGCAGUACGGUGGAGCACCGCCCUCGUUUUCACUGCUGCAUCUCGCCUCGUACCUAGGCAUUCCAGCUUGGACCAGGGUGCUGCUAGAGCAAGACGCCGCGAAGCAUACCUCCCGUCACAGACUCGUUGCACGGAAAGAUAACUACGGUCGGACGCCACUCUUCUGGGCCGCGACCCGGGGUCACAAGGACAUCGUAGGGCUGUUGCUCAAGCACGGAGCCCCCGUGAGCUCCAAAGACCGGAGCAAUCUGACACCGCUGCAUAUAGCGGUCACGGGAGGACACAAAGAGGUUGUGUCUCUUCUGCUUGAACAUUCCGCCCCGAUCGAAGCCAAGGCAAGCUACGGCGACACACCACUGAUACGAGCCAUCCAGGCCAACUCUAAAGAAAUUGCCCAGCUACUUCUUGAGCAUGGAGCGAGCGUUGCUGACUUGCCUAUCGUUGGCACGGAGCAGCGGAGCCAGCCGACGAGGACCGUGGAAGAGAGGGCAGAACAGCUGCUCGGGUUGCAAGAGCAGCUCUUUGCGGCCAGGUACGAGGAAUCUUCGCGCCUCGUCGGGCUCACAAUCAAGACGCUCACCCUAUCGUUCCAAUUCCAACCCAUUGUCAAGCUUUUCAAGUUCUAUCUCGAGAACUCCUCCAUCGGUCGCUGGGAAGUGAUGCACGUGCUCCAGGACCUGGUCAGGAACAAUAAGAUCGCGAGACUGCGGAACUGGGCCCAAGCCUACAUCGACUUUGGCACCCAACUGGUCCAGGCAGAGGACGCCAAGAACCUCGCCACCAUGACGGAUCUCUCGGUCCAGGUGUUCCGCGUGGUCUCCACCGGCGACCUUGAGGCUCUGCUGGUGAUCGGCGUCCUCGUCGGCUCGAGCAUCAUACUCGCCGCGGCCGAAAGGGGAUGGUGGCCAGGCGUCGACAUCUCGGCACGCACGUUCGCCCAGUUUGCCGCUCUGGCGUACCACAGAGACCGGGGGGAAUUCUUGCACUACGGCGUCCGGGAGUUUCUCGUCGAGUUUGACGGCUGUAUCCGCGGUGGAAGAAGGUCUGAGAGUGCGGCUCGGACCGUCGUGCUCUUCAGCACACACUUCGGCAUCAUCGACACCAAGGAGCCUCGCCCGAUCAAUUACUUUGCGACAAUCAUCGCAGAGUACUAUGAAGGAUACGUCGGUACCGCCGACGAGGAGCGGCUCUUCAGUGACGCGACUCAUGCGUGCGCUGAUGAGCUUGAGACCAUUGGGAAAACGCGCGAUUCUCACAAACUUCUGCUGUUCGUCACUGCCAUCCUGCAGUUCAUCGCGCGCUGCUCCAAGGACGUGGCCAAGGACCACUUCUUAAGUAUGAUACCCGCAUCGUGCCUGAUACUCUGUCAACGAGACCAUAAGCUUCAUGAAUGGCUUAUUGCCAAAGCAAUCCCGGAGACCAUGAGUGUUUCGAUAUCGCAGCAACCGGAAAUGGCCCAAAGACGGGCCUUCAAGGCUCUCGUUGAGUGUAUCAUCAUUGGCAAGCAAUACGGGCUGUUGGAUCCAGUGGGUCUGCAACAGAGGCUCAGGGAAACUCUUAACAUCAGUAACUAUGUCAGUGAAACGCUGGACGAAAUUCUGCUCUGAACUGGUCUCGCACAUCGGUACGAUACUGCAAGCUGCCAGAACAGAAGGAUUUGGUCGAUAGUUGACGCUUGUACCAUCGGAC